AUGACUCCUUUAUGGCUGAGACUCGUGGACCUGGCAGGCAACCGGACUAUGACUAUCCACCGACUGCAUCAACGUUAUGGAUCGACAGUCUUGAUCGGGCCUGAUGAGAUUUCCCUCUCUGACAUCUCAAAUGUGAAGGAUCUGUAUGGCCAGCAGACGAGCUUCAUGAAAGCUCCCGUCUACACGUCGUUGACUAUGCCCCCCAAUGGUGUUUUCAGCAUGAGAGACAAGACGGCGCACAGUCAAAGAAGAAGACUGCUGAGUCAUGCCUUCUCCCAAUCCAAUCUCCAGGAGUGUGAGCCUCUGAUCCAGAACCAGAUCCAGAAGUUGGCCGGGGUGAUGCAGAAUCAUGCAGAUAGACCCAUAGACAUGCUCAAUUGGUUCAGGCUGACCGCUUUUGACGUCGUUGGGGAACUCUUCCUCGGGCAAUCCUUUGGAGGUCUUGACUCGGGAGUAACACCACAAUUUUUGAGUGACAUCGAGCUUUUCUUCAUCCUCGCCGAUCUGCAAUGGAACGAUCCUUGGCUUGCAGCCCUCAUCUCCUAUAUCCCAUUGCCCUCUGUUCGACACUUUUUGGGCGCAAUGCAAAGACUCGCAGAUUAUGGAGAAAAAGCCUUCCGCCGUUACAUUGAUCUGUAUGGCCGGGAUUCAGGGCGUAGGGAUCUCUUGACAAAGAUUUUGUCGGUCAAAGCCGAAACUGGAGUUGCUCAACUUAGCGACAAAGAGACAUCACUUGAGAUCGGCAACCUCAUCUUUGCGGGCACAGACACAACAAGCACCACCCUAACCUUCUUGUUCUGGGAACUCUCACGACACCAGACCUGGCAGAAGAGGCUUCGGGAAGAAUUGAUGACUCACACUGGCAACUCACCAACAUUUCAGGAAGUGCAGGAUCUACCAGUGCUUGAAGCGGUCAUCAACGAAGCUCUCCGGCUUCAUCCGGCGGCACCAGCGAGCCUUCCAAGAGAAACGCCGGCUGGUGGUAGAGAGUUGAACGGGUAUUUCAUUCCCGAACAGACCAUUGUGUCUAUGCAAUGCUAUACGACGCAACGUGACCCCACGGUCUACGCAGACCCCGAAAGCUUCAAGCCUGAGAGGUGGAUGGAACCGAACGACGUCACAUAUGAAAUGAAAGAGCUCUUCAUGCCGUUCUCCAAAGGGACAAGAGCAUGUUUAGGAAAGAAUCUGGCAAUGAUGGAGUUGAAAUUGAUCACCGCGCACCUAGUGCGGCGGUUCGAGUGCGCACCAGCACCCGCGACAACAGAAGAGUCCAUGACAACCAAAGAUCACUUUCUUCUCGUUCCAGCCGGAGGAAAGUGUGAACUGGUAUUAAGGGAAGUUCAAUGA